AUGGCGGAAACCAAAAGCUCUCCUAAGAAACAUGUGGCUGUAUUGGCAUUCCCAUUCGGCAGCCACCCUUUGUCCCUCUUGGCUCUGGUUCGCAAAUUAGCACAAGAUGCCCCAAACGUUGAGUUCUCAUUCUUAAACACACCAAAGUCCAACCAUUCACUCUUCUCCACAGCAAAGCCUGACGAGAUUUUGCCCAACAUAAAAGCCUAUGAUGUGGCAGAUGGAGUGCCGAAGGGCUAUGUUCCUUCUCCAAAUCCAAUUGAGGGUGUAGAACUUUUCAUUAAGGUCUCGCCAGAAAACUUCAGAAGAGGCUUAGAAAUGGCAGAGGCAGAGAAUGGUAUGAAAAUCUCUUGCUUGCUCACCGAUGCAUUCUUGACAUUUUCUGUGGAGGUUGCUGAGGAUUUGCAUGUUCCAUGGAUCCCAGUUUGGUCUCCUUUUCCAUACUCUCUCUCAGCUCACGUUUAUAUUGACCUUAUCCGCCAACGUUUUGUCAACAAUGAAGUUGAAGAUACAACCUUGGAAUGCAUUCCAGGAUUGUCUCAAAUGCGUGUUUCGGACUUACCUAUGGAAGGGAUCUUAGGAGACAUAGAAGGGUCACUUUUCUCACGCAUGCUGAGUGAAGUUGGAUCGGUGUUGCCACGAGCUAGUGCUGUGGUGUUGAACUCUUAUGAAGAACUAAACCCUCCUCUUCUCAAUGAUGAUCUCAAAACAAACUUUCGUAGUGUUCUUAACGUGGGUUUUCACACACUAUUGAAUCCAUCACAGUUGGGUUCGGAUGUAUCAGGGUGCAUAUCUUGGUUAGAUAAGCAAAAGGAAAGGUCAGUAGUGUAUGUAAGCUUUGGAACUGUGUCUUCGCCACCACAUAAUGAGUUAAUAGCAUUAGCAGAGGCACUGGAAGAGAGUGGACUUCCAUUUCUUUGGUCUCUCAAGGAUUACAUAAAGGACCUCUUGCCCAAAGCAUUUGUUGAGAAGACUAGAAUGCAAGGGAAAAUAGUGCCAUGGACACCCCAGAGCCAAGUACUUGCUCAUGCUUCAAUAGCUGUGUUUGUGACUCACUGUGGUAGCAACUCUGUGGUCGAGAGUAUUGCAUAUGGUGUGCCAAUGAUUGGAAGGCCAUGCUUUGGUGAUCAUCGCAUGAUUGGAAGAAUGGUAGAGGAUGUAUGGGGGAUUGGUGUCAAAGUUGAGGGAGGAAUACUCACCAAGAAUGGAUUGCUCAAGAGUUUGGAUUUCAUUUUGGGACAUGUAAAAGGGAAGGAGAUGAGAGAUAAAGCCCAAGCCCUCAAAAAAACUGUACAAUGUGCUGCUAGCCCAAACGGCACUGCUGCAAAAGAUUUGAGUCAUUUGGUGGAGCUACUAUCUGGGUCUUAA